CUCAAACUGGACAAAGGCGCAAUUAGCGGAAUGACCAGACUUUACAUCAUGUAUGAACUUUAUGUUGAUGAUGCUUCCGUGCUUGCCCAAUGUGUCCCUCAAUAAUUCAUCGAGCUCGGCGUUGGGGACGGGUGGCAAACUGGCGACGAAGACCGACGCAUUGUGAUUCCAGCGCGGCAAAGGACGAUGACCAAGUGGAUGACGCGGACCAAAACUUUGCUCUAUGGUUGAGGAGGUUUCUGGAACAGUUUUUGAAGGCGUGAUUCUGUUGUUGGUGUCCCGAGCGAGCCCAUCGGCGUCUGUUCUGUCAUCAGGGGACGCCCAGCCUCCUCGAGGGGCUUGUUGCCAGUGGAAGACAGCUCAGAACGCGUCUCAGAUUGAGGAUCGGUAUAGAGCGUCGGUUCUCGGGAUGUAUCUUUCUCAUACUCUUCAGACGCCACUGAGGAAGAAUCGGGCAGUGCAUCGUAGCGGGUGCCCCACGUUCUACCGUAUCGAGGGGCAUGACGUGGCAUUGGGCUCAAGUACUCAGGACUGGAUAGGUAUAAUGGAUAGUGGUAAUGAAAGAAGAUUUACAGGAGGUCUUCAGACCUUUAUAGGAUCAGGGUCCUCCAAUCCGCGUCAUUUUGGGUCCGGGAUGAGGGCCGAAAGACGCGCUAAUGACGCGAAAUUCCCUAUGAAGACGCGUCCAUCAGUACCACAAGAAAAUUGCAAGCCCCCCCGAUGUGUUAAUCCUACUCUUCCCCUCGACUUCUAUGACAUAUAUGCAUGUGGCGCGUUCGACAUCUCACAAGAUUCGUUCGGCAUUUCCCGUCUUCAACCCCGGACUCACCGCCAGCUUGAUUUGGGUCAAUAACUUGCACUUUUCUCAUGUCUGACGACGGAGGCGAUGAUUUUGUUGGGUAAGCCAGAGGUCUAAAUGCUCAGAAUCUUCCUUACAGCCUUGGUUCAAGGAACGAGAACCAGGCCUACGAUGACGAAGAAAAUGAUCUGUUGAUAUCAAC